AUGGAGGAGGGGGAGGUGACGGUGAAGCAGGAGGAAUCUUCUCCACACGUGGACACCAGAUAUCGUUACCAUGCAGCUGUACGGAGCUCCGUCAGUCUUUGCGAUUUGCAGUCUGACGCCGUCUGGUCGAAAAUCUCCGACUUGCAAGUAACCGGCGGCGGUGGGUAUCCCGGCAGAACGUCGGGGGGAGAUCUCGCUUCACCUCCAGAUUGUGACACCAAAAGUACGGACCUCAGACAACAUUCUCCUGGAGUGAAUCCUACGACGGAAACAAAAAGGGAGCCGGAAGAACCUCCUAACCAAUCCGGUGCUGACACAUCGGACCUCCAUCUCGGUUCAGGAGAGGACUCGUUGUCACUCUUGAAGUGCGGGAAAUCUUUCACCGAGGAUGGAGAACUUCUCAGACAUUCAGGUGACGAUUCAUAUUCAUGCUCAGAGUGCGGGAAAAGUUUCUCUCACCGAAGAAGCCUUUUAAACCACCAGAGGAGUCACCGAGGCGAGCGGUCUUAUUCGUGUCCGGAGUGCGGGAAAUGUUUUACUCUAAAAGGAAACUUUCGAAAUCACCUGAAAAGUCACCGAGGCGAAGGUUCUUAUUCAUGUUCGGAGUGCGGCAAACGGUUUACUCACAAAGGAAACCUUGCGAAGCACCAAAGAUUUCACACGGACCAGCGUACUUAUUCGUGUUCCGAUUGCGGCAAACGCUUUACGCACAAAGGAAACUUUCUCAGCCACCAAAGAAUUCACACGGGCGUGCGUCCUUAUUCAUGUUCAGACUGUGGGAAGUGUUUCACACGCAAAACCACCCUUCAAAAACACCAUCGCGUUCACACAGGUGAGCGUCCGUAUACAUGUUCACAGUGCGGAAAAUGUUUCUCUGUGAAAGAAAAGCUCCAAAGACACCAGAAAAGUCACACCGGCAAUUAUCCGUAUUCAUGUUCAGAGUGUGGGAAAUGUUUCACUGUGAAAGGAGAACUUCUUAUACACCAGAGAAGCCACACUGGCGAACGUCCUUAUUCUUGUUCGGAGUGCGGGAAAUGUUUCAUUGCAAAAAGAAACCUUCUUACACACCAAAAAAUUCACACGGGCGAGCGUCCUUAUUUAUGUUCAGAGUGCGGGAAAUGUUUCCCUUCAAAAGCAAAACUUCUCAUACACCAGAGAAGCCACACGGGCGAGCGUCCCUAUUCGUGUUCAGAGUGCGGGAGAUGUUUCUCUGUGAAAGGAAGCCUUCUUAGACACCAGAGAGUACACACGGGCGAGCGUCCUUAUUCAUGUUCAGACUGCGGGAAAUGUUUUUCAGUAAAAGGAAAGCUUUUUAAACACCAGAGAAGUCACACAGGAGAGCGCCCUUAUCCGUGCACAGAGUGCGGGAAAGGUUUUAAACAGAAAAGCCAUCUGAGUAGACAUCAGAGGACUCACACCGGCGAGGAGAUCUUCUCGUGCACGGAGUGCGAUAAAUCCUUCACGGCAAAGUCGCAGCUCAAGAAACACCAGAAGUAUCACACCAGGGAGAAGCCGUUCUCGUGUCCCCAGUGCAAGAAGUCGUUUAUGGAGAAGUCGCAGUUCGUGGCACACCAGAGGUCUCACAGCGGAGAGAAGCCCUUCCACUGCGAUGAGUGCGGGAAAUCCUUCGCCACCAAAUCAUAUCUUGUUAGGCAUCAAAAAGUUCACACUGGUGAAAAGCCUUUUCCGUGUUCCGAGUGCAAGCUGUCCUUCACGACCAUAUCAGGUCUUGUCAAGCACCAGAGAGUCCACACCGGUGAGAAGCCCUUUUCGUGUCCUCAGUGCGGGAAAAGUUUCUCACAAAAAGGACACCUCAUUACCCAUUUGAAGCGGCACACCGGUGAAAUGCCCUUUUCGUGUUCAGAGUGCGGGAAGUGUUUCACUUCAAGUGGACACCUUCUCACACACCAGCGAACCCACACGGGCGAGCGUCCUUUCUCGUGCCAGGAGUGCGGGAGAAGCUUCACUCAGGAAGUCAACCUUCUCAGACACCAGAGAAGUCAUAAAGGCGAACGUCCCUUUUCCUGUUCAGAGUGUGGAAAACGUUUCAUCGACAAAGCCUACCUGCUUGUACACCAGAGGAAUCACACCGGCGAGCGCCCUUUUGCCUGCUCAGAAUGUAAGAAGUGUUUCACGCGGAAGGGGCGCCUCCUCAAACACCAGAGGAGCCACACGGGCGAGCGACCUUAUUCAUGCUCAUUGUGUGGAAAAAGCUUCACUGAGAAAGUACACCUUAUUACGCACCAGAGGACUCACACAGGCGAGCGCCCUUUUUCCUGCCCAGAGUGCGGGAAACGUUUUGGCGACAAAAGAAACCUUCUUAGACACCAAAGAAGUCGCACAGGUGAGGGGACCCAUCCGUGUUCAGAGUGCGGGAAAGCUUUCACUCAGAAAGGAGACCUUGUUAAGCACCAGAGGAUUCACACGGGCGAGCGGCUUUAUGCGUGUGCAAAGUGCGGGAAAUCUUUCAUUCAAAAAAUACACCUGGUUCUUCACCAGAGGAUUCACACGGGUGAGCGACCUUAUUCGUGUUCGGAGUGCGGGAAAGGUUUCAUUCAUAAAGGAGCCCUUGUUACGCACCAGAGAAGUCACACCGGUGAACGUCCUUAUUCGUGUUCGGAGUGCGGGAAAUCAUUUAUUCAUAGACGAAAUCUGGUCAUACACCAGAAAAUUCACACAGGUGAACGUGACUUUUCCUGUUCAGAGUGUGGGAAAAGUUUUUCUGAGAAGAGUAACCUUCUUAGACACCAGAGAAUUCAUACAGGUGAGGGAACCUAUUCCUGUUCGGAGUGCGGGAAACGUUUCAUUCAUAAAAGAGACUUUGUUAACCACCAGAUGAUUCACACGGGGGAGCGGCCUUAUUCAUGUUCAGACUGCGGGAAAUCGUUCAUUCGUAAAGAACACCUUGUUAUGCACCAGAGGAUUCACACAGGCGAGCGUCCCUAUUCAUGUUCAGAGUGCGGGAAAUCAUUUAUUCAUAAAAGAGCUCUUGUUAACCACCAGAGAAUUCACACGGGUGAGCGACCUUACUCUUGUUCAGAGUGCGGGAAAUCAUUCACUGAGAAAGGAGCCCUUGAUAAGCACAAGAGAAGUCACACUGGUGAGCGGCCUUAUUCAUGCUCAGAGUGCGGGAAAUCUUAUGUUCAGAAAGAAGCCCUUGUUAAACACCAGAGAAGUCACACAGGUGAACGUCCUUUUACAUGUACAGACUGCGGGAAAUCUUUCACUGAGAAAGGAUCCCUUGUUAAACACCAGAGGAUUCACACAGGUGAACGCCCUUUUUCAUGUACAGAGUGUGGGAAAUGUUUCUCUCGUAAAGCAAACCUUGCUAUACACCAGAGGAUUCACACAGCUGAACAGCCUUACUCGUGCACGGAGUGCGAUAAAUCCUUCACGGCAAAGUCGCAGCUCAAGAAACACCAGAAGUAUCACACCAGGGAGAAGCCGUUCUCGUGUCCCCAGUGCAAGAAGUCAUUUAUGGAGAAGUCCCAGUUCGUGGCGCACCAGAGAUCUCACAGCGGAGAGAAGCCCUUCCCCUGCGACGAGUGCGGGAAAUUCUUCGCCACCAAAUCGCAUCUCGUUAAACACCAGAAAGUCCACACCGGGCUAAAACCCUUUCCGUGCUCCGAGUGCAACUUGUCCUUCACGACGAUAUCGGAUCUGGUCAAGCACCAGAGAGUCCACACCGGCGAGAAGCCGUUCUCGUGUCCCCAUUGUGGUAAAUGUUUUUCGCAAAAGGGAAACCUCAUUACCCAUCUGAAAAGGCACACCGGUGAAAUGCCCUUUUCUUGUUCAGAGUGCGGGAAGUGUUUCACUUCAAAUGGACGCCUACUUACCCAUCAGAGGAGCCACACGGGCGAGCGUCCUUUCUCGUGCCCAGAAUGUGGGAGAAGCUUUACUCAGGAAGUGAACCUUCUUAGACAUCAGAGAAGUCACAAAGGCGAGCGUCCCUUUUCCUGUUCAGAGUGUGGGAAAAGUUUUACUGAGAAAGGUUAUCUGGUUGUCCACCAGCGAAAUCACACAGGCGAGCGUCCUUUUGCAUGCUCCGAGUGUGACAAGUGUUUCACGCGGAAGGGAUAUCUUCUUACACACCAGAGAAGUCACACAAGCGAGCGUCCUUUUUCCUGUUCGUUGUGUGGAAAAAGCUUUACUCAGAAAGUACACCUCCUCACGCACCAGAGGACUCACACAGGCGAGCGCCCUUUUGCCUGUCCGGAGUGCGGAAAAUGUUUUGCAGAGAAAAGGUACCUUCUUCUGCGUGUACAUCAGAGGACUCACACCGGCGAGGAGAUCUUCUCGUGCACGGAGUGCGAUAAAUCCUUCACGGCAAAGUCGCAGCUCAAGAAACACCAGAAGUAUCACACCAGGGAGAAGCCGUUCUCGUGUCCCCAGUGCAAGAAGUCAUUUAUGGAGAAGUCCCAGUUCGUGGCGCACCAGAGAUCUCACAGCGGAGAGAAGCCCUUCCCCUGCGACGAGUGCGGGAAAUCCUUUGCCACCAAAUCGCAUCUCGUCAGGCACCAGAAAUACCAUGCCAACGAAAAGCCUUUUCCGUGUUCCGAGUGCGAGAUGUCCUUCACGACGGUAUCGGGUCUUGUCAAACACCAGAGAGUCCACACCGGCGAGAAGCCCUUUUCCUGUUCCCAGUGCGGGAAAUGUUUCUCACAGAAGGAGAACUUCAUUACCCAUUUGAAACGGCACGCUGGUGAAAUGCCCUUUUCAUGUUCAGAGUGCGGGAAGUGUUUCAGUUCCAACGGACACCUCGUUACGCACCAGAGAACCCACACGGGCGAGCGUCCUUUUUCGUGUUCCGAGUGCGGGAGAAGCUUCACCCAGAAGGUCAACCUCCUCAGACACGAGAUGCGUCACAAAGGCGAGCGUCCCUUUUCCUGUCCCGAGUGUGGUAAAUGUUUCAUUGACAAAGCAUACCUGCUCCUACACCAGAGGAACCACACGGGCGAACGUCCUUUUGCAUGCUCGGAGUGCGAGAAGUGUUUCACCCGGAGGGGUCACCUACUUAAACACCAGAAAGCUCACACAAACGUGAGGCCUUUUUCCUGUUCGUUGUGUGGAAAGAGCUACACUGAAAAAGGACACUUCCUUACGCACCAGAGAACCCACACAGGCGAGCGCCCUUUUUCCUGUCCGGAGUGCGGGAAAAGCUUUGCCAGUAAGGGAUACCUUCUUGCACACCAAAAAAGACACACUGUGAAGCACCCACUACAUGCUCAGUGUGCGGAAAGUGUUUCAUAUGGAUGAAACAUCUUCCUCUGCUGUAUGAGAUUGGGAGGAUACCUGCUGACUGUGUUGGAGCUGCCAUGGGUGCCUGACAGCCCAACAAUUGACCACGGAGAGCAAGCACUCUUACUACUGAAUUCAUACCUUUGCCAUGGACCUGA